UACUCCGCUCUGACCUGCGCACCGACCCGCAGCUCUCUCUCCCUCGCGCAGUCGCAAUGGACGUCCACCGAGCACCGAGCCGCCACCACACGGACUACCGGGCGGACCGCGCGGAGCCCAAGCACGGGACGGCGGCGCCGCCGUGCCACGAGGACCGGGUCGACAGCGGCCUGGACUCCCUGAAGGAGGACGAGCUGGUGUACGAGCUGGAGGAGCUGCACAUGGACGCGCGCGAGGAGCGCACGCACGACUACGAGCCGUGGAGGCGCGCGCUGACGGACGACGGGGACUCGCUCCUCCACUUGGCCAUCAUCCAUGAAGCCACCGAUCAGGCCCUGCAGAUGAUCAAAGUGUCUCACAAUCACCCCUACCUCGACACGCAGAACCACCAGAGACAGACUGCGCUCCACCUGGCGGUGAUCACCGAUCAGCCCCAGCUGGUGGAGCGGCUCCUGAAGGCCGGCGCCGACCCGCGUCUGGCCGACGACGGCGGCGACGCGGCGCUGCACCUCGCCUGCAAGAAGGGCUCGCUGGCCUGCUUCAGCCUCAUCACGCAGAACUGCCAGCGCCACGUCGCCGCCAUGGCGGCGCGCCCCAACUACAGUGGACACAACUGUCUCCACUUGGCGUCCAUCAACGGCUACAUCUCAUUGGUCGAGAGCCUCGUUCAGCUGGGUGCCGACAUCAACGCGCAGGAACAGUGCAGCGGGCGGACGCCGCUCCACCUGGCCGUGGACCUCCAGAACCCGGCGCUGGUGCUCCGCCUCCUGCAGCUCGGCGCCGACGUGAACUGCCUGAACUACGGCGGCUUCGCGCCGUACCACCUGACCUACGGCCGCCAGAGCGAGGAGAUCCGCCGGCAGCUGUACGAGAAGACGGCGCGGGAGCUGCGGCGGCUUCCCGACAGCGAGUCGGACGACAGCGACGCCGAGGGCGCGUCGGAGGACGAGAUGUACGAUGACAUAAAGUUUGGGGAGUAAAGUUCGGUGGAAACGACGGUGACGCUGCUGCUCGGUGGGCUCGGCCCCCGACGACCCGGUCCUGGGAUCAGAAGAGGGUCCGGUCCAGAUCACAGGAGGAUCUGCACCGAGACCUCCGGAGUCCUCUGGAGACGACGUGUACAGUGUGGAUAGCAGACGUGUAAUAUAUUGUAAAUAGAGAUUAUUUUUGUACACGUGUGAAUUUAAACGCUAUAAAUAAAGACGAGUUUAUAAAUAAA